AAUAUAGUAUGAUUUACCGUAAAGAAGCACGGACUUGGAGAGCAGGCUCGAGGACCAAAGCACCCUGGAGGUCAUGAGGCUGGGAUUCAUCUGUGCUCUGCUUUCUCUCCUGGAAGGGCAAAGCUGGGCAGACACCCGAGCCAUCGGGGGCAAGGAAUGCCGCCCCAACUCGCAGCCCUGGCAGGUCGGGCUCUUCUUCCUCACCCGACUCUUCUGCGGGGCGACCCUCAUCAGUGACCGCUGGCUGCUGACAGCUGCCCACUGCCGCAAGCCGUUUCUGUGGGUCCGACUCGGGGAGCACCACCUCUGGAAAUGGGAGGGUACAGAGCAGCUGUUCCGGGCCACAGACUUCUUCCCUCAUCCUGGGUUCAACAAGGACCUCAGUGCCCACGACCACAAUGAUGACAUCAUGCUGAUUCGUCUGCCCAGGAAGGCAUUACUGGGACCUGCCGUGCAGCCCCUCAAACUCAGCCGGACCUGCGUCUCCCCAGGCACCCAGUGCCUAAUCUCAGGCUGGGGGGCCACAUCCAGUCCUAAGGUGCAGUACCCACUCACGCUGCAGUGUGCCACCAUUAGCAUCCUGGAGCCCAAACUCUGCCAACGGGCAUAUCCAGGCCACAUCUUCUACCGCAUGCUCUGUGCCGGCCUUUGGGAGGGCGGCCGGGGCCCCUGCCAGGUGAGACCUCCUCUGGGAAGGAGAGGGAUGGGUACCCUGCGGGGAUUCCAGGGUCCUGGGGGAGAAGGGAGUUGGGGCCCCAGACUUCCUGGAUCAGAGCAAGGAAGGAGCUGGGAAACCUGGGUCGUGGGAGGGGGUGGGACCAGGGCCGGGAUUCCUGGAUCUAAAGGAGGAGGGGACUGGGGGUUGGACUCUAUGUCCUGGGGAAAGAGCUGUCCACAAUGCUAGGUCCUAGGGGGAGGUGGGGGCUAUGAGCCUUUACUCCUGGGUCUGAGGGAGGAGGGACUGGAGACCUGGACUCCUGGGUAUUGUAGGAGGAGGGAAGUGGGAGCUUCCUGAGAGGGAGAAAGCGCCUUGUGUCAUGUCCUGAGUAGACUGGCCUAACAGUUUCUCUGCUCUUCUUCUGCGCACAGGGUGACUCUGGGGGCCCCCUGGUUUGCAAUGGGGCCCUGGCGGGUGUGGUGUCUGGGGGCUCGGAGCCCUGCUCCAGACCCCAGCGCCCUGCUGUCUAUACUAGUGUGUGCCGCUACCUG